AUGCUGGGUCCAGCAGGUAUUUUCCUUUGAUGGCAUUGUGGAGUCAUUUGAAGCCAUUUGCGAAAGUUUAAAAGUACAUGAAAUUGAACGAAAAUGACGAUUUCAAAAACUCAAUUAGUGAUGCUAUGAUGUAUUACAAAUCAAUAAUGUUUUUUGAAUUCAUCGCAUCUAUUGUCAUUACAUCAAAUGUCCUACAUCACACUUUAUCCUUGACACUUGAACUACAACCAAGAAAGAUCAACAUUGUCAAGUCCCUCAAGCAGAUUAAUCUCCUAAAGGCACAUAUGAAAAAAUUCAGUCGAUGAAAUAUAUUACAAUGAAAUCCUAGAGUUGGCAAAUAGAGUGAAAGUAAAAGAGAAGUUUCCUCGGAUAUGCACAGUUCAAACCACUUGUGAGAACUAUCCUGUUACCACUGGCCACGAUUACUAUCGAGUGAAAUUAACCAUACCACUUCUUGAUCAUCUCAUUGAACAGAUUGAAUUUCAAUUUCCAUCGGAAAUGUGUAACCUCUACAAUGGCUUCUAUGUUAUUCCUGGUAUCUUCCUCAUGUGUAAAAACGUUGACUCAAAAACGGAAUUCAUUAACUUUGUUUCACCCUACAAAGAUGAUAUGCCCAACUAUCAGAGCAUGCAUGGAAACAAGGCUUCGAACAAGUCACAUAUGAUUCAGUUGCUGAUACCCUGA